AUGUCAUUAGUUAACUUGGGUAAUGUGUGUGCGCAUUUACAAAAUUGCUCUCGUGCAAGAGUUGGAUUAACUGCUAUUCCAUAUACAAAACUACAUUUGAACUUCGCUUACAAUUUGUACAAGAAUGGGUUCUUGUCUAGUUUACAACGGGGUUCUACUAAAGGUCCAGACAUCACACCUGUGGAGGUAACACCAGAUAACAUAUCUACAAGAAAGUUAUGGUUGGGUCUAAAAUACAGAGAGAACAAACCAGUUAUUUCAAGUUGCAGAUUGAUAUCAAAACCAAGUUUAAAAAUCAACCUGGAUCCACAUGAUAUGAGGAAGCUAUGUUCUGGUAAUUCUGUCAGAUUGGUUAAGCCUUUAGCUCCAGGUGAACUUAUCCUUGUGAGAUGUGGGAAUGAGAUCAUGGAUAUUAAUGAUGCCAUUGCCAAGAAGCUUGGUGGUGAAUUAUUGUGCAGGAUCAGAUAA